AUGAGCCAGUCCACAGAACCUGGUGAUGACUCCCAAGUCGUCGACGACCUCUGUAAUGGGAUCUCGCAAGCGUCCGUCGCUGCCGCAGAGCCGACCUCUUCAGACAACGUUCCAGAGAACAGCGCAGAACCGGUCCCCCAGGCUACCAGUGCGAGCUUCACACGUCUGACAAGGCAGCACACGAACAGUGCACAAGGUGUAUCCCCUACCCCACCCUGCCCCUCGCCCAAAGGGAAGGGCAAGGCGACCCCCUCGGCCCCGCCCACUCCUUCCCCUCUGAGAGUCCCCGUGCCCCUCACUGCGGUAACGGCGUCCACCACGGCUCCGCAAGGAGACCAGGAUGUCGCACCGUCCAGGCUCGAUGCGGCUCUACCCCUCACGUCUGCCCUUCGGUCCGCGCACCUAGGCACGGACCAGACUGGGAAGACCAACAUCCCUGCCCUCAAAGGAGAUGUCCAUACCCUCGCUUCGCAUCUCGAUCGCCUCACGCGCACGCAUGCUACCGACCGCGCGGCCAUCAAGGAUGCCCUUCUGCGUCUCACCAGUUCCGUAGAGGCCCUCCGCGACAACCCUUCAUCCACGUCCGCACCCAACCGUGCAUUCCAGGAGCUAGAGCAGCGUGUCCAUCGCCUGGCUCAAGGUCUCGAGCGCGAGGAGGAUGCCCGUGCGCGCGAACUCACCGUUCUCGACACCAGACUUGGAUCGCUGGAGGACGACACUCGGGACGUCUCGCGUUCAGUGACCACAGUCAGCAGGGAACUCGCGAGUGCGAUAGGAGUGCUCUCGCAGAUCCGCACCUCUCUCUCCGCCAUCAGCACUCAAGUCGGAGCACUCCAGACAGCGGCACAGCCCCACGUUCACGGUCACGGUGCCACCCAUCCUGUCUCCCCCUUCGCGGAUGCGCCGCCGGCGUAUACCCCUCCUACUCCGCGCGCGAACCGCCGCAGAGAGCGACCGGUGUCGCCCUCGCCGGCACCUCCGCCUACACCCUCUCGUGGUCGACGGAACCAGCCACAGGCUCGACCCCCUCCGCAGCCCCAAACCGACAACCGCCAGCAGAAGCGACCACGCGUAGGAGCCCCGAGUGCGAUGGUCCACGCUCCUGCGCCUCUCGCAGGCCUGAGCGACAUGGUCUACGCCCCAGCCCCCUUGGCGGGACCGGCACCAGCAACUGUGCGGUUCGGCGCUGUUGCCUGGUCUUCGGACCCAGCGACGCUCCGGACGGAGGUUCUGGCAACCGCCCAAGGUGCAUGGGAUGCGAUUCUGGGGGUCCUCGACUCCGUCCUUAGCAUCUCUCGUGACAACACGGACGCUCGCUUUGUGCUCCUGCGCUUCCCUUCCCGCUUCCUUGCACAGUCCUUUGUAGAGGCAUGGGUUGAGCACGGUCACCGGGUCCUGAGCUUGCGCAAUGUACAUGCUGAGUUACUGUAG